GCUGGAGAUACCAGAUCAAGUGAACAAGUGGCAUUGGCUUCAAUUCAUACAUUGUUUGUUAGAGAGCACAACCGUAUCGCAAAAAAAUUGAUUCAAAUUAACCCUCAUUGGACAGGAGACACUGUUUACGAAGAGACAAGAAAGAUUGUUGGAGGAAUCUUACAAAAGAUCACUUUCGAAGAUUACCUGCCUGAAUUAUUUGGUCAUAAUCCUUUACCGCGGUAUUCUGGAUACAAAUACUGGAUUAAUCCUGGGAUUAUUAAUUCAGUAGCAGCGGCUGCAUAUAGAUUUGGACACAGCACCAUUCGACCAUCUUUCGAUAUUCUGGACGAAAAUCAUCGUAAGGUAGGGGCACCGAUACCGCUCAAACACAUGUUUUUUAACAACACGUAUAUCAACAGGCAUGGAAUUGAUCAUUUGUUGCUUGGUCUGUGUACGUUUGAAGCAGAAAAGGUCGACCGCAGUUUUUCUGCUGGAAUUAUGAAUCACUUAUUUGAGCGUGAUCACUCGCCGGGACUGAACUUGAUUGCUUUGAAUAUUCAACGAGGAAGAGAUCAUGGUUUGCCUGGAUACAAUGAUUUUAGGAGAUAUUGUGGACUAUCCGACGCCCGAUCAUUCAAAGAUACCAUAAAAGAAAUCACGCCAGAGAACAGGAAGAUUUUAGCAACGUUAUACAAAGAUGAUCCAACUAUUGCAGAUUUGUUUGUGGCAGGAAUAGCAGAACGUCCUUUGCCAGGUUCGCUACUUGGUCCCACGUUCACUUGUCUUAUUAAGGAACAGUUUGCUCGUCUUAGAGAUGGAGAUCGCUUCUUUUACCGAAGAGGAAAAGUAUUUACAAGAUCUCAACUUCAAGAAAUAAAAAAGAGUUCGUUAAGUCGUGUACUUUGUGAUAACCUGAAAGGUGGUAAAAAACUGACUGUACAAAAGAAUACGUUCCGUGCAAUCAACAAUGAUGUUCAGCGAGUACCUUGCAGCAGUAUUCCUAAGAUUGACCUCAAUCACUGGAAAAUGUAA